UAGAAGGUGGCGCUAUAAUGCUGUAGAUUCGGGCAUUGUUUCGAUAUUUCGCGUUGAUAACAUUCGGGCACUUUUUUCCCUGUUUUACGGUAAAAAAUUUGGAAAACGCACGUUUUCAGUGGAACUUUGUGUGAUAAAUGCUGGCGAAAAUUUUCGUGUGCUCAGUGAAAUUACAAAUGAGAUUUUUGGACCGGUGUUAUAAUUUAGAUAUAACGACGUGAACAAAGAUGUAGCCAUAAAACUUGAAGCCGACAAAUGAUCGUCCACAAUGAGGAGGAUAUGGAUGGUGGCCGUUGCGGUGCUUCUGUUUUCCAUAAUCAACGCAAAUGCUAUUGAUCCCUCACAAUGCAUUGCACCUUUGGGUAUGGAAAAUGGGGCAAUUAAGGACGAGGACAUAACCGCCAGCUCAUCCUUUGACAGUGGCAACGUGGGCCCCCAGCACGGUCGGGUGCGCACGGAAAAGAACGGAGGCGCUUGGUGUCCUUCUAAGCAGGCAACAACGGAACCCGAAGAGUGGCUGCAGGUUGAUUUGAAGACGAUUCACAUGAUUACCGCUACGGGCACGCAGGGACGUUUCGGGAACGGUCAGGGCGUUGAAUAUGCGGAGGCGUACAUGGUGGAGUACUUUCGGCCGAGAUUGUCAAAGUGGAUUCGGUAUAGGAACAACAAAGGCGAGGAGGUGAUCGAUGGUAAUAUUAACACCUACUUGGAGUCCAAGAAGGAGCUCGAUCCACCUAUAUGGGCAAACCGUGUGCGUUUCCUGCCGUACAGUUACCACAAGCGCACUGUUUGCAUGAGGGUUGAGUUGUACGGGUGCAAGUGGACGGACGGGAUCAUCAGCUACUCAAUGCCGCAAGGAGACAAACGGGGUUCGAAUUGGGAGUUUUACGAUACGGCCUAUGAUGGACAUUGGGACGGUGAUGAACUGAAACACGGUCUAGGUGUGUUAACCGAUGGAAAAUUUGGGCGCGACGACUUCAAGCUUUCUUUCUACGACAGCAGUCCAUCGUGGGUCGGUUGGAAAAACGACUCGCACGUAAACAAACCCAUCGAAAUUAAAUUCGAGUUCGACAAGGUACGCGAAUUUUCCGCCAUUCACAUUUACUGCAACAACCAGUUCACCAAAGACGUGCAGGUCUUCGCCGAAGCUAGAAUAUCAUUUAGCAUCGGAGGAAAGCGCUACAAAGGGGAUCCGAUCGCCUACGAAUACAUGGAAGACAAAAUAUUUGAAAACUCCCGAAACGUAACAAUUAAACUCCAUCACCGCAUCGGGCGAUUUGUAAAAAUGCAAUUCCAUUUCGCCGCAAGAUGGAUUUUAAUUAGUGAAAUAACGUUCGACUCGGUCGUGACACACGGCAAUUUCAGCGUGGAAACCGAACCGCCUGGACCCGCAAAGACAGCCCGUUCGGAUAAAAAUCUCGAACAUAAAAUUGAGAUUCCGGUACCUACCACAAAAAUCAAUGAUCCCACAUACGUGACAAUCAUCGUCGGCGGCUUAACUGCCAUCAUUCUAAUCCUUGCGGGCGUAAUUUUUCUGGUCAUUAAUCGAAUUCGCAACCGUAAGCAUUUACGUAGCCCCAACUCAUCGAACGUUAACUUCCCCACUAACACUCUACCUCAUUUACAACCCGAAUCAGUUUUCGGUCUUAGCGAAAAGGAAAGUGCCAUCGAAGCUUACGGUGUUACGGAAAUUGAAGACUGCCGGCGUUCUCAUGGUACUACCCCGUUCAGCUUAAGAUCUACCUUGCCACUUUCACAUAUAGGUUUCGAAAAUUUGAUGGAAAACAACGACUAUCAAGAGCCAUAUCAAGCCUUCAAGUACGCCCCCUACUACAGUUACAGUUCUGUUGUGAUGGAAAUGCAAGAUGUGAUAGCAAACAGUAGUAUUAAAAAGUAUACUCCAAACCAUUCAGAUGCUUACGAUUAUGCGGUACCCGAAGCGGGUACUCUGCCGCUUUUGGGCGCGGAUAAAACCCUACCAAUGACACGGACACGAAUGGGAAGUGUAACUUCUGCGUCCCGUGCGCACGCUCGAAAUAGUCACAGCGAGCCUACCACCACAAAAAAGGCCUCUCCCAAUCAACAAGAAGCUAUCAUUGCCUUAAAGAAACGAUUAGAAGAAAUGACUUUAACCGAAUUUCCGCGACAUCGAUUACGAAUGCUAUCGAAAUUGUCGGAAGGAGCCUUUGGUACUGUGUACAUUGCGGAGGCGGACGGUAUUCCUGAAUAUUCUUCGUCUAUGUCGAUAGGGAAAAGACUUGUAGCAAUAAAAUUCUUAGGCGAAGACGCGUCAGAAAAGGAAAGAAACGACUUCUACAGAGACGUUCGGAUUCUGGCAGCUCUUGAAGACCAGGCGAUCGCUCGCGUUUUAGGCGUGUGUAGUCAAGGCGAGCAGCUUUGUGUUGUGAUGGAAUAUUUAGAACACGGUGACCUGUGUCAAUUUUUGAAAAGUCACGUGGCCGCCGAAAGUAGUAAUAGUGUACCUUACGGUGUAAAAUCGCUUAGUUGUAACUGCCUUCUUUAUAUGGGUGCUCAGAUUGCUUCUGGUAUGAGGUACUUAGAAUCACUCAAUUUUGUUCAUCGCGACUUAGCAACGAGAAAUUGCCUAAUAGGUAAAGCAUAUCAAAUAAAAAUAGGCGACUUCGGAACUUACAACGAAGUUUAUGCAAACGAUUAUUAUAAAGUUGAUGGAAACACCCCUCUACCUAUACGUUGGAUGGCGUGGGAAUGCGUCUUUCAGGCUAAAUAUACGAGCAAAUCGGACGUAUGGGCCUUUGCCGUAACACUUUGGGAGAUACUAACGUUGUGUCGCUGGCAGCCUUUUGAGAGAUUUAUGGAUCCGCAAGUUAUGGAAAAUUUAACUCAUAUGCACUGUGAUGAUGAUUCGUUUAUGUAUUUGCCUCGCCCAAUUAUAGCAACUAAAGACAUUUAUGAUUUAAUGGUAGAGUGUUGGCGACGGAAAGACGUCGAGCGCCCGUCGUUUAGAGAAAUACACUUAUUCUUGCAAAGAAAAAAUUUAGGGUACGCCCCCACGUAGUGUUAGCAAGACUGGUUAGUCAUAGAGGGAUCAAGUACAGAUAGAUUUUUAUGUACAUAGAACACAGGGUGAUAAAGUUUUUAGGAUUCAUUUACAAUUUCUGUUAAAGUAGAUCUACUAUGAAAAAGUGCAUUUAGAACUUGUAUUAUUUAUUCAACAUUUUAGUACUAGUUUUGUUUAAGUUUCGCUUUAUUCAUUUGUUAAAUUGUACACAAAGAGCACAAUAACGUAAGACAAUGUGUAGGUACCAAUGUUAAAAGUAAUUAAUAAUGUUAUAUAAUAAUACAAACUAUAUUUACUAGUCAAUUGAAUCGCCUAUGUGGGUUUGUUCAUACAUAAUAUUAUAAAAUUUACGCUAGCGCGUAGUUAUUUUAAGCAAGGAGAUAAAAUUGUUCAUUGUAGUCUUACUGGUAGUGUUUUUGUUUAGUGUCAACUAUUGACAAUAACUCGAUUCUAUUCCUGCUUGUCUAUGUGGCAUUACUCUUAUAUUUUUGCUAAGAACCAUGUUAAUAACGCUUGUGAAUAUGCUGCAUAGGAGCACGCACGAAUACUCUCUUCGUCUCUUUGAUUUGAAUAACUAUGUAAGAAAAACAAAUGAGCUUAAAAUACCUUCGCUUAAAACACAAUGUAAACGAACGAUUCAAAUUUUAUUCUAAGAUUAAAAACGAAUGCAGGGCGACGCCCGAUCUAUAAUGUAAAUGUGUCAUAUUUUCUAGUUACCAUAAAAAUUAUCACUAUUUUUAUCAAUUUUCCGUUUUCGAUUAGUGCCUUAAUGCAUUAUUACGAAAAUUGUUUUUAUUUGUUAAACGUUGUACUGUUCAACCGCAAUAAGGCACUAAAUCUUUUAGGUGUGAUGUUAAGCAUAAAUUCAAAACAUAUGUCGUAUUAUCAUUUAAAUUGUGCCAACGACAAUUAUCACCGAAUUGUAUAAUUCGUUCACGUUAAAAUAUUAGGGUUAUUUUUCAUUAUUGCGUAGAAUUGAUGAAACAAACAUUCCACCUCUUAAAUACUAGCACGAUGGCACCUAAUAUUUACAUAAUGGCAAGAUUUAUAAUAUUUGCAAUAAUACUUUGUGAUUCAGUUGUUGUGUAUUGAAAUUUUUUGCAAAUAAUUGUCAAUGUAACAUAUCAUCGUAAAAAUAAAGUUAU